AAAGGCAUCUGCCAGUGGGACUUCAAUGGAAUGUGAAACCAAAUCAUUUUCAAGUUAAAGAUAGACACAGUAUACACCAGGAUCUAGAAGCUGGAUUUUAAACUCCUAUCUCUCCCUAGAAUUUCAGAGAGUUCUGUUAUGAUCUCUGUAGUAAUUAACAAUUUGGUCGGGGCUUGUUUUUGAAGUCAAUGUGCUCAGAAUUCAUGUAUGUUCUGGAUGUCCUGGAAUUAAAAGGAUUUAGGAGCUCAUGAUGUGCAUACUCUAGGAUAAAUGAAGAUUUACCGAUCCCUGGAUGAAGUGCUCGGAAAGUCUUUAAAUGCCAUAGUCAACUGCCAUUUCAAAGAAGAGAAAAUAGAUGGUUUUGGAAAGUUCAUGCUGUUUCUUCAUUGAAUUCUAGAAUGAUUGAAGAUAGUGGGAAAAGAGGAAAUACCAUGGCAGAAAGAAGACAGCUGUUUGCAGAGAUGAGGGCUCAAGAUCUGGACCGUAUCCGACUCUCCACCUACAGAACAGCAUGCAAGCUUAGGUUUGUGCAGAAGAAAUGCAACUUGCACCUGGUGGACAUUUGGAACGUCAUAGAAGCGUUGCGGGAAAAUGCUCUGAACAACCUGGACCCUAACAUAGAACUCAGUGUGGCCCGCUUGGAGGCUGUGCUUUCCACCAUUUUCUACCAGCUCAACAAACGGAUGCCAACCACUCACCAAAUCCAGGUGGAACAGUCCAUCAGCCUCCUGCUUAACUUCCUGCUGGCAGCCUUUGAUCCGGAAGGCCAUGGUAAAAUUUCAGUAUUUGCUGUCAAAAUGGCUUUAGCCACGUUGUGUGGAGGGAAGAUCAUGGACAAAUUAAGAUAUAUUUUCUCAAUGAUUUCUGACUCCAGUGGGGUGAUGGUCUAUGGACGAUAUGAUCAGUUCCUGCGGGAAGUUCUCAAACUACCCACGGCGGUUUUUGAAGGUCCUUCAUUUGGUUACACAGAACAGUCAGCUAGAUCCUGUUUCUCUCAACAGAAAAAGGUCACCUUAAACGGUUUCUUGGACACACUCAUGUCCGACCCUCCCCCGCAGUGUCUGGUCUGGCUGCCCCUUCUGCAUCGGCUGGCAAAUGUAGAAAAUGUCUUCCAUCCGGUGGAAUGUUCUUACUGCCACAGCGAGAGUAUGAUGGGAUUCCGCUACCGAUGCCAACAGUGUCACAAUUACCAGCUCUGUCAGGACUGCUUCUGGAGGGGACAUGCCGGUGGUUCCCAUAGCAACCAACACCAAAUGAAAGAGUACACAUCAUGGAAAUCACCUGCUAAGAAGCUAACUAAUGCAUUAAGCAAGUCUCUGAGCUGUGCUUCCAGCCGUGAACCCUUGCACCCCAUGUUCCCUGACCAGCCUGAGAAGCCACUCAACUUGGCGCACAUCGUGCCACCCAGACCUGUAACCAGCAUGAAUGACACCCUCUUCUCCCACUCUGUCCCCUCCUCAGGAAGUCCUUUCAUUACCAGGAGGUCACCUGAGGGGAUAAGUGCAUCCAGCCCUGUGGCUGAAGAGCAUUCGCUCAUAAAGCUGUAUGUAAAUCAGCUUGACCACGGCUCACGCUCUCCUCCCAAGGACAGUGAAGUAGAGCAGAACAAACUGCUGGCUAGGGCUGCUCCAGCUUUUCUGAAGGGCAAAGGGAUACAGUACAGCCUGAAUGUGGCAGACAGGCUGGCUGAUGAACAUGUUCUCAUCGGGUUGUACGUCAACAGGCUCCGGAACAACCCACCAUGCAUGCUUGAGAGUUCGAACCGGCUCGAUGAAGAACACAGACUGAUCGCCAGGUACGCGGCAAGACUGGCAGCAGAGUCCGCUUCGUCUCAGCCGACGCAGCAGAGAAGUGCUCCUGACAUCUCCUUCACCAUUGAUGCGAAUAAGCAACAGAGGCAGCUGAUCGCAGAGCUAGAAAACAAGAACAGAGAAAUCUUACAGGAGAUCCAGAGGCUGCGGCUAGAGCAUGAACAAGCUUCUCAGCCCACUCCAGAGAAGGCACAGCAAAACCCCACUCUGCUGGCAGAACUCCGGCUCCUCAGACAGCGCAAGGACGAGCUGGAACAGAGAAUGUCUGCUCUCCAGGAGAGCCGGAGAGAGCUAAUGGUCCAGUUAGAAGGUCUCAUGAAGCUACUAAAGGAAGAAGAACUGAAGCAGGGAACCCAGGGGGCAGGCUCUCCUCGCUCCUCCCCCAGCCACACCAUCAGCAGGCCCAUCCCCAUGCCUGUGCGGUCCGCGUCUGCCUGCUCCAGCCCGUCCCACACGCCUCAGGACUCCCUCACGGGGGUAGGGGGUGAUGUUCAGGAGGCGUUUGCACAAAGUUCAAGAAGAAACUUAAGAAAUGACUUACUGGUAGCAGCAGAUUCCAUCACUAACACCAUGUCCUCUCUUGUGAAAGAGCUGAAUUCCGAGGUGGGGAGUGAAACUGAGAGUAAUGUGGAUUCUGAAUUUGCACGGACUCAGUUUGAGGAUCUGGUUCCAUCGCCAACCACUGAAAAGGCUUUUCUAGCACAAAUCCACGCCCGAAAACCUGGGUACCUCCACGGUGGCGCUACCCCCAGCACCAUGCGUAGUGACGUAUUUGCUCCCAAACACCCCUUGUGGUGUAUUCCCAGGGUCACAGAAGAUGGGGACCCCUACGUGCAGCCAGAGGAUGAGGACUAUGAAAAUGACUCUGUCCGGCAGCUGGAGAACGAGCUCAAAAUGGAAGAGUACCUGAAGCAGAAGCUGCAGGAUGAAACCUACCAGCACCACGUCAGCACUGAGACCAGACUCAAGCACCCCUGUCCUGUAACCGAGACAAAAUGGCGUGUAUUGUUUUGGGUUUUUGUGUUUCUCGGCGGGUUUCUUUCCCUGGCUCUCCAAAUUUACCUUUGGGACCUGUUCUAAGUGCAAACCCAGCAGGUUUCGCCUGUCCUGUCCAUUAGCUACAAUUAUAUCUCGCAGGGGUUGUUUCUUACUUGUUCCACAACAAAUUGCACAUCCAUCUCCGUCGGGGAUGAUGGCCUAUUAAUGAGCACUGGUCUAACACAGCCAACCUCCCUCCUCCACUGCACCAUGUGAAUGGAGGGAGGGAGGAUGGAGGGCAGAAUCUACUGUAUGAGAUUCAGGAAUCAGUUGUGGUUGGUCAGGACGCAAGUCGGGGUAAGUUCGGUUGGUCAGAGGGAGAUGUGCUGGAGAUUGGGAAAAAUGGAUUCUCGAAUGAUCUCUAUAAGGCAGGGAAGGUUCAUUUGUAAGUAGUAAUGUGAACUGAAUUGCAUAAGAGUGUGGCCUUUGUUGUGAUAUACUAUGUAUUUUCUUAUAUGCAUGAGCCAAACUGUUGCAUCAUAAUUUAGCACUGAUGUCUGCUUUUAUUUUGGUCAUCCUUGUCCACCCUUAUUAGUUCUGGGCUGUUAACUGUAGAUAGACCUUGUAAAUACGGCAACCUUUGGUUGCUGCAGUCACCUUGGUUUGAUUCCGCCCAAGGAGCCACAAACAAGAACUCCACUGUGUCCUCAGAAGAAAGGGCAUUUUUACUUUUGAACCAAAAAGAGGGGGAAAAAAUCAGAAACGUUACAUCUGGAGGCUAAUUAACUGCAAGACAUUUUUAAUUAUGACUACUGUAAUUUGACACCAUUUGAAAUAACCAAUUCAGAGACACUAAAGCUUUCACACUAUUCAUUGGUAUUGUAACAAAACUACUACUGUAUGGGUUUUUUUGUAUUGCUGUUAAGUAUUGUUUUGUGUGUGUGCGCGUGUGUGUUGGAACCUCCUGGGGACAUGUUAUAUUUUGAAGUGAUGAAACUAUUUAAUUGUGUGUCUAUAUUUUGGAAUGGAAUUAUUUCUUCAUUAAAAAAUGUUUUUAAAAACACUA